CCCGGGCUUGGGGCGCAGCACGGGCGGACGUGCAGUCGCGGUGCAGACGGCCGGCCUGCGGCAGGAGCCGGUCCUGCCCGGGAGGAGCCGGGCUCAGGGCCCCCCACCGGCCCGGCCGGGCCUCCUCCCAGGGGGCUCCCGGAGGCGGGGGCCUCUCGGUCCCCAGGUGCAGUUUAGACCUCGCCUUUGACCCCUGCUCUAGGGAAGGGGAGGCGGAGGGGCUGCAGGGCCACCUGCUUCCCCACUCUGCUCUCUGGGUGGGUCCACAGUGCGGGGAGGCGGGGCCGAGGCCCAGCACGGGCGACCCAGCCUGGCUCCCCGGCCGCCCCCACCCGCCGUCCUGUCCCGGGAGCAGGGUUUUUCCCACGGCACGGAGGGCGGGGGGCGGCGGCCCGGUUCCCGUGGGGGCGGGACCCCUCGGGCUGGGGGCUGCCCGUUUAUCUGCUGCUCCUCCCCGCCGCAUCCCCUCUGCGCGUCUGACGCUGCCCUGUAACCCGACUCCCGCGCGGCCUCGAGCCCCCCCUGAGCGCCGGGAGCCCAGUGCCACAUCACCGCGCCCACCAUGCUGCCGCUGCCGCUGCCGCUCGCCCUGCUGGUCGCGCUGGCUGCCACCGGUGACUGCCAUGGGCCAGCGGCUGCUGACAGCGCCACCUGCGUGAACCUGCAGCUCACGACCUGCUCGGGUGCUACCUAUAACCAGACCACCUUCCCCACUGCGCUGGAGCACCGCUCGCGAGAGGCUGUGGAGGCCAGCUCCGAGUACAUCCUGCUGAGUGUGCUGCACCACCUCCUGGAGGGCCAGUGCAACCCCGACUUGCGGCUGCUGGGCUGUGCGGUGCUGGCUCCCCGGUGCGAGGGUUCCCGGGUUCGGAGACCCUGCCGGCACGUGUGCCAGGGCCUGCAGGAGGCCUGCCAGCCAGCCUUCGAUGCCAUCGACAUGGCCUGGCCCUACUUCCUGGACUGCGCCCGCUACUUCGCGCCCAAGGAAGAGGGCUGCUUUGACCCCCUGGAGCAGCUUCGGGGUGACCUGGAGCCUGAGGAGGCCCUGCCCUCGGGCCUGCCGCCCACCUUCAUCCGCUUUGCCCACCACUCCUACACCCAGAUGGUGAGGGUGCUGAAGCGGACGGUGGCCCGCUGUGCCCAGGUGGCCAACACGUACAGCAUCGGGCGCAGCUUCGACGGCAAGGACCUGCUGGUCAUUGAGUUCUCAGGCCACCCCAGCCAGCACGAGCUCAUGGAGCCCGAGGUGAAGCUCAUCGGCAACAUCCACGGCAACGAGGUGGCAGGGCGCGAGAUGCUCAUCUACCUGGCGCAGUACCUGUGCUCCGAGUACCUGCUGGGAAACCCUCGAAUCCAGCGCCUGCUCAACACCACCCGCAUCCACCUGCUGCCCUCCAUGAACCCUGACGGCUAUGAGGUGGCAGCAGCCGAGGGAGCGGGCUACAAUGGGUGGACCAGCGGGAGGAAGAACGCGCAGAACCUGGACCUGAACCGGAACUUCCCGGACCUCACGUCCGAGUACUACCGGCUGGCUGGGGCCCGGGCCGCGCGCGCUGACCACAUCCCCAUCCCCGAGCACUACUGGUGGGGUAAGGUGGCCCCGGAGACCAAGGCUGUCAUGAAGUGGAUGCGGACAGUGCCCUUCGUGCUGUCCGCCAGCCUCCACGGGGGCGACCUGGUGGUGUCCUAUCCCUUCGACCUCUCCAAGCACCCCCUGGAGGAGAAGAUGUUCUCCCCCACGCCGGACGAGAAGAUGUUCAAGCUGCUGGCCAGAGCCUACGCUGAUGUCCACCCUAUGAUGAUGGACAGGUCGGAGCACAGGUGUGGGGGCAACUUCCUGAAGCAGGGCAGCAUCAUCAAUGGCGCCGACUGGUACAGCUUCACGGGAGGCAUGUCUGACUUUAACUACCUGCACACCAACUGCUUCGAGAUCACAGUGGAGCUGGGCUGCAUGAAGUUCCCGCCCGAGGAGGCGCUGUACGGGCUCUGGCAGCACAAUAAGGAGCCGCUGCUCAGCUUCCUAGAGAUGGCGCACCGGGGCAUCAAAGGCAUGGUGCUGGACAGGUUCGGGAAGCCGGUCAAGAACGCCCGCAUCAUCGUCAAAGGCAUCCGCCACGACAUCACCACAGCUCCGGAUGGAGACUACUGGAGACUCCUCCCGCCGGGCUCGCACGUGGUCAUCGCGCAGGCACCCGGCUACGCCAAACUCGCGAAGAGGGUCACCAUCCCCCUUGGCAUGAAGAGGGCUGGACGCGUGGACUUCAUCCUGCAGCCCCUGGACACAGGCCCCAAGAAGUUCCUGCCUGCGCUCCGCAGAGCUGCGCCCCACUUCCGGGUUGUGCGGGGGGGCCUGGGCCCCCGGAGGGACCCCGCGGAGCAGGAUCCCGAGCCGCUCGGGGCGCGCAGGCUGCCCUCGGCCGGCGGGAGCAAGCCCUGGUGGUGGACCUACCUCACGUCGCUGAGCCCCCACAGGCCGCGCUGGCUGCUCAAGUACUAGGAGCCCACACCCCCUGCCCAGGGCCUGGCUCUGGGUUUUCCCUCUCAGACAUCGCACCCGCCAUAGCCGUUUAUUAAAGGGUU